AUGAAGGUAGCCCUCACUCUCCUGCUUGCGGUUCUGGCUCUCGCGGCCGUCUCGGCCACUGGCGGUUACUUCCAGCACCUGCACCGCGUCAGGGACGAUGGCGACGAGAAGGCCAUCGACUGCUUCCUGAGCGACGAAGACGAACCCUGCGGCGAGGCCCUGGGCGAACUCAAGGUGAAACUCCGCGGGGUCGCCUCUACCAACUGCGGAGAAUGCACAACGGACGAGCGUGCGUUAGUCACCGACUUCUUCAGGGAUUUGUUCAUCCGGAACGAGGAAGCGGCUAAGCAAAUCCAGAACAAGUUCGACCCGACUGGAGAAUACCGCAAGAAGUACGGCGAAGUCUGGAGGAAGAGGGGAGUCCCCAUUUACUAG